UAAUGGCCUUGAAAUUUGAGAAAUUUCAAAAACAUCACAUUUUACUGCGCACCAAACUAGGAUUACUACUAAGUUAUGACUGAAAUUCCUUAUAGUAAACAAAUGCGCCCACCUGAUUUUGGGGAAUGAAUAUUGGAAUUUUUAUCAUAUUCGCAAUUGUUUCCUUCACAACUCUAAAGAGAAUGAACGGUCUUUGGCAUGACAGUGAUUUGAGUCCCGACUCAGACGCAUGGUGGCAUUACAAAGAAGGUGUUAUAGGAGGUCCAAGUCACUGGGGGCAAACUGCAUUUAUGGCUGUUGCUAAUGAUGUCUGGCCAGCCUGCUAUCAGGGCAAAAUGCAAUCUCCAGUCAGUAUCUCCACAGAACAAAUUCUAUUUGAUCCCAAUUUAACACCGCUGAAAAUACUGGGGGCAGAUACACAGAUUGACGUGGAGGUAGUGAACACAGGCCAAGAUUUACAAGUGAAAGUCAUCGACCCUACAACAUCGGUUAUAUUCAGUGGAGGACCACUGGUGUAUGAUUACAAAUUCUUCGGGGCCCUAAUUAAAUUUGGUUCAAUAUCAAAUCGUGGUUCAGAUCAUCAGAUUAAUGGUGUUGCUUUCCCGGCUGAGUUACAGUUGUACGCAUUCAACUUCGACUUAUAUCCAAAUUAUUCCAGUGCUCUUUCUAAACCAAAUGGAUUGGCUGCAGUCUCUAUAUUUUGUAAGAUCGGUGAUCGGUCAACACCUGGUAUGGCAGCUUUACUGUCCGCAACAGAACAUGUUCAGCUUAAAGGUCAGUUCAAAAGACUGCAUGGUUUGCUGCUGAACUCAAUCCUACCAUCCAAUUUUCAGUAUAUAACUUAUCAAGGUUCUUUACCCUUUCCUGCAUGUCAUGAAACCGUUACAUGGAUCUUAUUAAAUCAUCCUAUUUUAAUCACAGAAGAACAACUGAAAUCUUUACGGAAACUGAGAAUUGGACCAUUUCGAGAAUCAGGCAGCAUGGCUGAUAAUUAUCGAACUAUUCAGAGUCUAAACAGCCGUUCCCUUCGAACAAACAUUCAAUUUGUAGAUAUGCAACCCUACUGUUCUUUGCAAACUCGAAUUUCCUAUAAGACAGCGGAAUCAUUACCAUAA